AUUUUAUAAAUAAACGUAACGGCAUCCAUUCCUGCUUUUAUUUUUAUUUAUUUUUUCUCUAAAGCUGUUGUUGACUGUCACACAGCGGAACGUUUCGGUUCUGCGGGAACAAGUGCGGAAGGGAAAGUCAGCAGGAAUCCAGCAGUGCAGCCCGGAUAGAGUUAACUGUAACACCAGCUGGAUACAUGUGAGUGACAGUGUUGUCGUGGAUACGGAGCGAUGAGACGGCUGUACAUCGGCGGGUUAAGCCACACGGUCACCCAGAAGGAUCUAAAGGAUCGAUUCGGAAAGUUUGGCGAGGUGGAGGAUGUGGAGCUCCGGACCAGGAGGGACGACGAAGGUGUUCCGUACAAAACCUUUGGCUACAUUAACAUCAACAUUUCAGACGCCGACCUGAAGAAAUGUUUGACGGUGCUGAACAAAUCCAAAUGGAAAGGAGGAACUCUGCAGAUAGAAACAGCCAAGGAGAGUUUCCUGGACAGGCUGGCUGAGGAGCGGCAGACGGCAGCAGAGCAGCACCUCCCGCAGACUGCUGCUAAGGACGAGAGACAGAAGCUGCUGGACUCAAUGAGCAAAGCCGGUGUGGACAACUUCACCAUGAAGGCUGCGGUGCCAGGGACCGAAAUACCAGGACACAAGGACUGGGUGGUCAGUAAAUUUGGACGAGUCCUCCCUGUCCUGCAGCUCAGGAGUCAGAAAGGCAGCAGAGCCCGGACCCUGAAGUACGACCCGUCCAAAUACAGCCACAACAUCCGCAAGCUGGACCGGUCCACCGCAGACCAGCUCACCACGGACCAGCCCACCCCUGUCACCCAGCUCACCUGGGAGGUGCAGGGAGGGGAUGAUGACAUCAGCAAGAAGAGGCGGGGGGAGUUUCCUCCAUAUGAGCCACCGACGCGCAAGAAGAGUCGGACAGACGAGGUCACCUCCCACACUGCUGAGCGCAGGACCAGAUUGAAGCUGAGUGUUGACUCUGUCGACCGCACCGAGGCUCAUCAGCUCACCAACGGGUACAAGCCACCACCCGACCACAGACUGGCUCCGGGGAGGGGGCCACGUUUGACUGACAGUGAAAUGGAUUCAGACGAGGAAAUCCGCAGAAUGGCGAGGGCCCACUACACCUCCCAUGCUGCACUGCUGCAGGAAGAGGAGGAUGAUAAGCUGGAAGUUGUCGGCCUGGACUACUUGGAGAAGUCCAGCCGUGCUCGUCGGCAGCAGAAAGGUAGCGCAGGUGACGAAGACGAGGAUGAGUACGACUCGGCAGACACAGAUGAACUCUUCGCCUCCAGGAAAGCUCCUCCUCCAACGCAGGAGAGACUGACUCUGCCCACUGCAGAACCGCUCGCAGGAAACGGCACAAACAGGGAGAGAAAGACGAAGAAGAAGAAAGGUAAAGCUGGAGAGGAAGAGGACAACUCAGCAGAUUCUGAAAAACACGUCGCCUCCAGGAAACCGUCCUCCGCACAGCAGAGUGCGGAUCAUGAUCAGCACGGUUCUCAGAACCAAAGUAAGAAGAUAAAAGUCCUCCCUGUUGUAAAACCCCCUUCCUCCGGAUCAGAUAGUGAUGUGGAUGAUGAUGAUGAAGAGGAGGAGAAGUUAGAAUCCGAUGAUUACAGUUCAGAUUCUGAUUAUGAAGCCAUGUUUUCUAACGCCACCCGUCUGGAGCUCUCUCUGGCUGAUCUACAGAGGCUUGCAGAAGAAUCCCAGCAGACCUGUAAGACUACGGCUCCCAGCAUGCUCAGCGCCUUCCCGGAACAAGAAACAAACCUCACAGCCAGACCUCCAGACCGACCCACUCCCAAGAAAGGCACGACGCCGGAAGAGAUCCUCGCCGCCCUCAUGGAGGAGGACAGCAGCGAGGACGAGCAGAAGAAGACGAAGAAAAGUAAAGGGGUCGUGUCAGCGCCGCUGCCUGCCUUUCAGGGGACGAGAGCGCUGAACGGCAGAUCACAAACAGAGCAGUGUCAGAGGAAAAGGAAAGAAGAGGAUGAAGAGGAGAAGGAGGGGGGAAGAGGCGGUCAGGUUAAAAAACAGAAGCUGGGCUCUGAAGCUCCACAGCUGAACCACAGAACAGCUGGCGGCAAAACCAGCGGACAGAAACACAGCGAAACACAGAGUACAUCUUCAGAGGAGGAGGAGGAGGAGGAGGAGGAGGAGGAGGAAACUCAGACUGUUUCCUCCUCCAGCAGUGAGGAGGAGGAGAAGGAGAGGAAGAAGGCCGAUCAGACUGAUGUUAGAGCUAAAGCUGUAGCCACAGCUUCACCUUCGUCCUCCAGCUCCUCCGCUGAGGAAGAGGACGAACAAGCUCCUCCCCCUGCUCCUCACAGCGAGUCCUCCUCCAGCGAGGAAGAAGAGGAGGAGGAGGAUGAAGAAGAAGAGGAUGAGGAGGCUCCUCGCCGGGUGGCAUUAGGAGCAGCGGAGGAAGAGGAGCGACAGAGGAAGGCCAACACGAGGAGGCUGGCUGCCGUCAAGCAGAGACAGAAAGAGGCUGAAGAACACAAGAAGCUGAUCCAGGGAGCUCUGGCCAACCUGGAUGCUCCGACAACAGGAGCAGGGAAGCACAUAGUCUUUGGCUCUGACGAUGAGGGGGAUGAUGAUGUUGGUAGUGGUGCUGAUAAGCAGCAGACAACCUCUGUGGUCACAACGUCAAAGAAGACCCUGUUCCAGGACAGCCAAUCAGAGGACAAGGCAGCAGUCAAUGAGAACAACACAACACGAGUAAAGGUGUGUCUGAAGCCAUCGGGCCCUCAGCUGUUUGGCGGCAGUGACAACGAGGAGGAUGCUGAUGAAGAGGAGGAUGACAGCAGGUUUGACAUCAGGCCUCAGUUUGAAGGCCAAGCAGGACAGAAGCUGAUGGAACUGCAGUCUCGCUUCGGGACUGACCAGCGUUUCAAGAUGGACUCUCGCUUCCUAGAGGAGGAUGAGGACAAAGAGGAGGAGUCAGGGAAAAAGAAGAGCGUGGCUGAGGAAGAGGAGACUCUGGAUGAGGAGAGGAAGAAGAACCUGUCCAUCCUGCAGAGCGUCCUCGGCAGCAGCCAACGACCCUGCAGCAGCAAGACGGCCAGCAAAGGCAAGACGUUCAGAGACGUCUCCGCGCUGCAUUACGACCCCAGCAAAGAGGAGCACGCUGCGUUUGAGACUAAAACCGAUGAAACCAAGAAGGAGAGCAAAUCGGCCAGAAGGAAGAAGAGGGAGGAGGCUCAGAAACUUCCGGAGGUUUCUAAGGAGAUUUACUACGAUGUUUCCGGCGACCUGAAGGCCGUGUUUGGCCAAACCAAGAAGGAGGGCGACGCUGGAGAAGAUGAGAAGACAAACUGGGACCAAGAGGAAGAACAAGAAGAGGAGGAGGAGGAGGAGGAGGAGGAGGAAGGAGGGAAGGAAGAACAGCCAGCGCUGCAGUCAUCUCUCCUCUUUGAGAAAGAGGAGGCGUCUGGAUUUAAAUUCUCCUUCUUUGGAGACGACCCGGAAACAGGAAGUGGAGAGACCGAGUACAAAGUAGAAAGCAUCCAGGCGCCAAAGGUGUCAUGGCAACAAGACCUACGUUUCCAUGACAGCAGCUCAGAUGAAGAUGAGGAAGAGCAGGAGGAACAGGAAGAGGAGGAGCAAAGCAUUGUCGCUUUAACCACAGAAGAGGAGACUCCUUCAAAGACAGAUCUAUUCUUCUUCUAUCCUGAAGACAGCAGACUGACGGAGGGCCCCAGGUUGUUCUGUCGUGCCCCUCACCUGGAGGAGCAGAGGGAGCAGUGGGAGGAAAGGAGGAGCGAGCUCAGACAGGAGUACCGCAAAAAACACAAGGACGCCCGCAGGAAGCUUAAGUCCUCCCAGAAGAGCUGAAGAUUAUUGGAGGCUAUGGGAGGUCUCUGUGUUUCAGUUUGGACUCACUGGUCUGGACUUCAGAAUUAUUUCUCCCCCCUUUGUGCCAUUUUUUUUGCCCCAGACUGAUUUU